CCCUCCAUGAUAAAUACCACGUCGGUACCUCAGACGUCGUGAAGUUGACUUUGACCGUGGUUGAGUGAUUAUAUCGUCAGUUUAUGAUCAAUUGCUGUGUACAGUAUCCAAACGUGAUUCAUCACAAUGUCUGCCUUGACGAAAGGUGUUUAUAUUAUCGCUGCUAAGCGUACCCCAUUUGGCACAAUGGGAGGUAUAUUUGUGAACACAAAUGCAACAGAAUUGUCAGUAACUGCAUCAACUGCUGCAAUGCAGGCAGCAGGUAUACACCCAGAGAAGAUUGAUAGUGCUGUAUUUGGACAUAUCAUGGCAAACUCAUCCUCUGAUGGAACUUUCCUAGCAAGACAUGUUUUACUGAAAUCUGGAAUCCCAGUUGAUAAACCUGCGUACAGUGUGAACAGAUUAUGUGGUUCUGGUUUCCAAUCAAUAGUAAAUGGGGCUCAGAGUAUUUUAGCAGGAGAUUCAAAAAUCGUCUUAACAGGAGGUACAGAGAACAUGAGCCAAGCUCCUUUUGUUGUGAGAGGCAUUCGUUUUGGAACUGUUCUGGGACAGAAGUACGAAUUUGAAGAUUCACUCUGGCUCGGAUUAUUCGAUACUUAUUGCAAUUUACCUAUGGGUAUGACUGCGGAGAAACUGGGUGCCAAAUAUAACUUGAAGAGGGAAGAAGUUGACCAAUUCGCCUUGAACAGUCAACAACGCUGGAAAGCUGCCAAUGAUGCGGGCCGUUUCAAAGAAGAAAUAGCACCUAUUCAAGUGAAAGUUAAAAAGCAAGAUGUAACUGUUACGGUAGACGAACAUCCACGUCCGCAAACGACACUCGAGAGCCUUGCUAAAUUGAAACCAGUUUUCCAAAAAGAUGGAUUAGUCACGGCUGGUAGCGCAUCGGGUAUCUGUGACGGAGCAGGCGCUGUUAUUCUAGCUAGCGAAGAAGCCGUCAAGACAGAAGGAUUAAAACCAUUGGCACGUUUAAUAGGAUAUUCCAUCGUCGGCGUGGAUCCAAGUAUUAUGGGAAUUGGACCUGCACCAGCAAUCAAGAACUUGCUCAAAAUUACAGGCAAAUCUCUUAACGACAUAGAACUAGUGGAGAUCAACGAGGCAUUUGGAGCUCAAACUCUGGCUUGCGCAAAGGAACUUAAUCUAGACUUGAACAAAUUAAACGUGAAUGGCGGAGCCAUUGCUCUGGGACAUCCAUUAGCCGCUAGCGGUAGUAGAAUCACCGCUCAUUUGGUGCACGAACUUAAGAGACGAAAGGCUGGGAAACUAGGUAUUGGCUCGGCAUGCAUUGGCGGCGGCCAGGGCAUUGCCUUGAUGGUAGAGACACUGUAAUUAUUAAGACUGCCAAAAUUAAGUCGUGAUAUUUGUUAUAUGAACAAAAUCAAUGCAGUAAUGGUUUGCAGCAUUUAUUCUGCCCAUAUAUAAAAUUAUUGUUGAUCAUUAAAAUAAUCUCAUCGCAGUGAUCGAUGUUAAGUGGUAUUAUGAUGUCAAUAAUAUUUUUUGUCAUUUUUUUGUUCACUGUGAGCCAUGAGAUUGUAUAGGCGCAAAUAAUAUUAUAUACAAAAAGUUAUAUAUAUUUUUAUACAUAUAGCAAUUUAAUGCCGAAUAAAGCAAAACUGUUGGUAA